GCUUGAACCACCCACCACCUACACGAAGCUACAUCCUCUCUCCGCCAGAAGACGUCGAAGUAUGCCUGCAAGAUCUGGCCUGUGAUGUGAUUCCAGAGUAUACCUCUGUCAUGUCACCGACGCUGGCGGGUUCGGACGGAUGAUCGAUAAGGUAAUCCGUGCAAUUCGCACUUCAAAUGCCGGCAGUGAGACCACAACGUCACCUCUGUUUAUCAGUAUGGAGGGCUAUGAUCACGGCUGUAACGGGGUGUUGCAGCUCAUAUCACUCUACGUUCCAGCGUCCGACAAGGUGUGGCUCUUUGAAGUCGCGCAGAUGGGCGCCUGGCAGUCACCUCCUCCGGGUCCGGAUCACCAAUUUCGCUGGAGGGCCUACUGGAGAGCACGGAGCUCACCAAGCCUUGUGGGAUUGUCGGGUCGAUUGUCAAGCUCUGCUUGGCCAAUAUGGCACCGAGCUUAACUCAGACUCCAUCAUGAAUGCCCAACUGCUGGACCUUGCAAUCACGACCAAGCACAGACAACGCAAGAAAGUCAGUGCACUGUGCAUGGCUGUGCAGAAACGCGUCAUUCUUCUGGAUCAAGGACGUGCCUGGCUUGAAGACAAGACAUCCGGCGAGCUGAUAAUGAGGGCUGGUCCAAUGAGGGAAGGGCAGCUGGCUGCAGAGCUGAAGCUCCCCUGUCUGAACGAAAAGGUCCGCCAGAGCAAUGACGCUUGUGAGAAGAAGAGGGCCAUGGCAGAGGCGCAAGCUCUGUCCGACCUAAUCGACAGUAACUUCUGGGACGGGACGAAAGCAUGCGCGAACCUUCCGUUACCGGACGCUAUGAUACGGUAUGCUCCGGGCCAUGUCGCGACCCCACCAAUCCUACACAGCCAUUAUGAAGCGCAUCCGGCACUAAGCGAGGUCCGCCGCGCCGUAGUCGAGCUCGAGACGCGGAAGCGUGUAUUAGAGGGCUGGGUGCAGGAAUCUGUCCUUUACCUCUAUCGACGAACCGAAGUUCUGGGCAAACAAAUAAUGGCGCGAAGCUGAAGACGAUUCGCCGGAGAAAGGAUCCAGCAACGGCGCAGAGGACGAGGGUUAACAAGGUCGGUGGAGAAAUCGCACUGAUACUGGUAUUUGGGGUUGCGGGUCAAUGAGCGUUCAGAGUCACGCCAGGUUACGGCUGGAUGCAUGCGAUAGCGUUGGAAAGAGCUCGUACUUGUGCUAGUCCUAUCUGUAGUACUGUCUGGCUGUUUUAUAAUUUAGACCAAAAAAUACGUUUUGG